AUGGACCACGUUCUUGAGAUCCUAGCGGUUCAUAGUCAUCCGCUUAUAUUAGCUGGAUGGUCCGCACAACGAUGGAUGGGCUCUGCCGGAUUAAUGGACACCAGCUGCGAUAUACUUGUGAGAGAUAGUGCACUCAAGAGUGUCGCUUCAGACCUCGUCGAAACUGGACACUGGGAAGUCCAUCAACCGAGCCCACCGAUGCCUCGAGAACCAUUCCCUUGUUCCGAUCGGGAAUCUGAUGCUGACUUUGUGCUUCGAAGGAUCGAUGCAGAAGAUGAGUCAGAAUAUCGGCAUCUAAUCUUGUGGUCAGAAUCUACGUAUCACGUCAGUGUGGAUGACUGUCCCCUCAUUGAAGUCCCAGACGUCUAUCCAUGGAACCAUGUUCUCAUUGAAGAAAGGUGGCAUCCAGCUAUUGGUCAGGAAAAUAGGUGGUGGUUCGGUCCUCGUCUUCAUCCCGAUACGAAGGUGCGCAACUUGCCUGAACGCGCCACACCGCCCACUCUCUUUCCUAAAGGGGCUCCACGUGGGAAAUCCCCAACAAACACCCACUCAGUCUAUAUCCUAAGUAUUCCAGCAUACAUGGAUACUCUUGUGUACCACAUGAUUCAUUACAAGCUUUCAAAACCAGGGCUCGCCACGCUUGCAUCCUUGCAAAUCGCGAACUUGACGAGGUAUUUAUAUCUAGAACUGCCUCAUCAACAACUACCACUGCUUAUUGAGCUUGAAGAAGACGAGUUUAUGGAGGAAUAUCUUCGCAACUAUCAGAGAAAACCAUUUUUUGUUUUUCGAGAAGCGCAUAGUGGUGGAUUGGAAUCCGCUCGAGUGAAAGAGUGGGACGCUGAUAGCUAUCCAAGUUGGUGUAGAACGAUCGAGUAG